GUCCACGUACCAUUUGCCGUGAGGGCCGUAAACGCAACCUGCAUGGCGUCCCGCCAAUGCUUAUAGCGAACGGCCUGAUGAUAGAAGCGCGGUUCCUCAACAGCACUAAAGGCAGUGAAAAAGGCAUGAUGCGCCUGAGAGAGACGAUGAUAAGUAAGAUAUUCUUCAAUGGGAUAGUCCACGGAAGCAUUGUGAACACGGCCAGGAAGAUCAACGUCAUACCCCGCCAGCCGAAUGGAGAUUUGGCACUAGCGGUCGCUAUGACGGGGUUGUGGGGGAGAGGGAUGAACUGGGCUGAUCGGCUGGGAGGUAGACGCUGUUGUGGGAGGAGACUGCGGAUGCGAAAUGGAAGGGAAAGUAGCUGGGGAGGGAGUGGGUGGCGUACAGGUCUCGACCGGGACGCGAGGAGGGCCAGGAGGCGUCUGAAAUGGAGAAGGUGCAUGGGCAGGAGCAACGUCGGGCAUGACAGUGUGGGGAACAGUAGGCCGAGUGGAAAGCUCGGUGUCAUUAUCAUCACAAAUGGGAGGAGUAAAACCCACGAGGAGAGAAAGAGUGGUACCUACGGUCGAUGGAGUGGGAACUGAAGAGGUGUGGUAAGGGAACAAUGAUUCCAAGAAUUUAACAUCAUGAGAUGUAUAAAUCUUCUUAGUUGCCAAGUCGUAAAUGCGAUAUCCACGCUGGCCAAAUGGAUAGCCAACAAAAAUUCCAGCUCGACCACGGUCACUAAACUUGUCCUAACCAUGAUGAUUAUCCCGAGCAUAAACAAGGCACCCAAAACUGCGAAGGUGGUGAUAAGAUGGAUCUUUGUCGAAAUGUAACUGGUAAGGAGAUCGAUUGCCAAUGGGUGACAAGGGUAUGUGAUUGAGGAGAUACGCUGCAGUAAGAACGCACUCACCCCAAAAGUGAAUACGUAAAUUAGCAUGGAACCGGAGAGCCCUAACUGUCUCCAAAAGAUGUCGGUGUUUGCGUUCCACAACUCCGUUUUGCUGAGGAGUGUCAGAGCAGGAAGUCUGAAGAGUAAUCCCGGCCUCCUCAUAAUAAUCUUUCAACGUAGAAGUAGCAAAUUCAAGACCAUUAUCAGCCUGAAUACGCUGAACCUGCUUCCCAAACUGCGUAGUAACCAUACGACAAAAGUAUAAUAGAUACUGUGCAACCUCAGACUUGAAUAUUAAUCGAAAAACCCAAACUGCCCGACUAUAAUCGUCAACAAUUGUAAAAAAAUAACGACCACCAGUAUGAGAAGGGACAUGAUAACCGCCCCAGAUGUCUAGGUGAAUAAGCUCAAAACAGGACUGAGUUUUAAUAGAACUGUUAUAAACGC